AUACCUAAUCACAUUCAAGCGUACCUAUUCGGUAUUUGUAAUAUUACUGAAAAUAUAUUUGUUUAUUAGGUUUUAUGAAUGAUUAUUGUAUUUUCCAUUGAAAAUAAAUAAUGAGAGCACGUUACUUAACAUAUUUUUCAUACAUAGGUACAAGAUUUAGGGCGGCCGAGAAACUAUGGAUUAAGGAAGGUCGCAAUUAUCCUGAUCCCGAAAGCGUCCAGGGUAUAAUGGAAAUUGCUUUGCAAAAACAGCUCAGACCGGUAAAUUAUCCUUUACUUCAGCUCUCGAGCCGUACAGAUGGAGGAGUCCAUGCUCUAAACUCAACAGCACAUGUUGACUUAGAAAGGCCCGGACCAAAAUUAUACGACCCACAUUUCAUUACCUAUGAACUAAAUAAGUUUUUUCUCAUACAUCAGUUAAGUAUUAUUGUGAAGAACACAUUAAGAGUAAAUGACGACUUCAGUGCUAGAUUUAAUGCAAUUAGUAGGACUUAUUUAUACAGAUUUGCAGUACCCAAGCCAGGUGUGGAAUUACCAGAAAAUAUAACUAUAUUUCAACAUGUACCUAUAGAGGAGUGGAAGAGGUGUUUUUUUAUAAGAGUAAACAAUUUUGACAUAGAGAGAUUCAAAGAGGGUGCCAAAUAUUUUGUUGGUUAUCACGAUUUUACGACAUUCAAGAAAUUUGAUAAACUAUUGCAAAACAAACAGAACAGGCGACUUAUUUAUUCAAUAGAUGUAAGGCCGGGAAAACCUUGUGUGACAUCCUGCACUGAUUUAAAAGAUAAUAUUUUGGAUUACUGGGAUAUAGAGAUUAGGGGGAGAGGUUUUGUACAUAAUCAGAUCCGUCGCAUGGUCGGCACGCUCAUAUCUGUGGCUAUUGGUAAGCUCCCACCGGAGGAGAUCAAGGUGAUGCUCCAGGUGCCGUCAAAGCACUCGUGGCACAACUUCAUACAAUCCAUACCACCGCAUGGCUUGUAUCUGUGUGAUGUUGAAUACAAGCCAGAAGAUCUGGUGUUUAAUGAACAAAAGAUAUGUGAUAAGUGUAAAUCAAGUGAUCAAGUGACUGAUGAAGAAUAGUGAAUAAACUUUUAUAGUGAAGUAAACCAAAAAUUAUAACAUUGAUUGUUGCAUUUUUAGUUUUACUUAGAAAAUAAUUGUUAUCAAUAAAAAUGAGCUUCCUAA